CUGUCCUCGGAAUCCCCACUUCUUUCAGCGGCUCUCCAGCAUUCAUUGCAUCAGCUGCUAGAGCACAGCUCGUGCGACGCUGAUCGUCUUCCGAUCAGGAAAAGGCGUUCCUAAGCCCGGAACUGAGGACAACGAGGAGGAGAGAAACCGCGACAGACGAGCGCGCUGCGGGAAGAUCCGUCAGAGAGGCCAAACUCUCGUUAAAAAAAAUCCAUAAAAAUAAAAUAAUGAGCGCACAAACCAGGAAGAAAGGCGGAUGACGCUCAUGAGAGUAAAACAGGAACCUUUGAGAGCAAGACGAGUUUCCUAGGGGAGGCUUUCUCGAGGAAAGGAUGUGGCCGCGCUGCAAGGCGAUCUAAAUCUGAUGUCAGAGGAGGCUGCUCUCAGAAACUAUUCAUUGUUGAUUAGAAUCCAAAAACGUACGUUUCAGGGGUUUCCCCCACAUAGUUCACAUAAUGAGUUUUUCCCUUGUUGCUUAUGAUGAUUCGGACUCUGAAGCAGAGACUGGGAGAUCCGGAGAUGUUAUUAGCAGUGAAAUCGAUCUAACAGAUUCUGCUGUGGAUGUUAUCCAGUCCAGUGAUGACUUAAAUAUUAUUUCUGAGAAAAAAGUCAAAUCUCUGGAAUACACGGGCAGCUCCAAAAAGAACAUAUCUCAUGAGGAUACCUUUCAACUGCAUCUACAACCUAAUGAAAAGACUAUGAUAACAGCAGUACAACAGCAGUACAACAGAAAUUGUACUUCGACAAAAACAAGGACUAAGUAUACCCAGCCAGUAAAUCCUUUAUUGGAAGCUAAAAUACCUUCUGGAAAUGCAUAUGCUCAGAAGAGGAUGCGUAAUGAUGGAGAUGUAACUAUUCAAAAACUGAGACCAUAUGUUUCAAAAAAACUGCAACAGGAAAAAAAGGAAUACCAAAAAGAGAGUAUAUCUUCUCCAGUUAAAUAUAGUACAGCUGAAGAUAAAAUGUCAGUUAAAAUUUCCCAAUAUAUUAUGCCAUACAUAGGAUCAAAAUACGCAGUUACUGAAAUUCCAAAGAACUUGGUAUUUCACAUGGCUGAACAUAGUGGACCAGUUAAUGCCAUUCGCUGGUGUCCUCUGCAGAGGUGGAGCCAUAUGUUGCUUUCUGCCUCUAUGGAUAAAACUAUCAAGGUUUGGGAUGCUGUGGAUGAAGGACGCUGUUUGAAAUCAUACUUUAUCCAUACCGGUGCUGUCCGAGCUAUUCAGUGGUCUCCCUGUGGAAGAAAUGCACUGAGUGGAGGCUUUGAUUUUAUGCUUCAUUUAACAGAUAUUGAAACAGGAACACAGCUUUUUAGCAGCAGGAAUGAAUUUCGAAUCAGCACCCUGACAUUUCAUCCUCUUGAUCCAAAUGUUUUUCUUUGUGGAGGAUUCAGUCCAGAAGUUAAAGCCUGGGAUAUAAGGUCUUCUAAGGUUAUAAAAGUCUACAAAGCCACAGUUCAACAGACCUUGGACAUCAUGUUUCUCCAUGAAGGAAAAGAAUUUUUUACCAGCACGGAUGCAGUGAGCCAAGAUUCAGCCGAUCGUACCAUCAUUGCCUGGGACUUCCAAACGGCUGCAAAGAUCUCCAAUCAAAUUUUUCAUGAACGUUUUACCUGCCCCUGUCUUUCAGUUCAUCCUAAAGAGCCUGCCUUUGUUGCUCAGACAAAUGGCAACUACAUGGCUUUAUUUUCCAGCCAGCCACCUUAUCGAAUCAACAAAAAGAAGAGGUUUGAAGGGCACAAGGUUGAAGGAUUUGCUGUAGGCUGUGAAUUUUCACCCGAUGGAACACUUCUUGUGACAGGGAGUUCAGAUGGCAAAGUAUUUUUCUACAACUAUCGCACAGCUCAAAUUAUCCGUACCAUGUCAGCACAUAGUCAAGCCUGUGUGAAUGCAACCUACCAUCCAGUUCUUCCAUCGCUUCUUGCCACCUGUGGCUGGGAUGGGGUAAUCAAGAUCUGGCAAUAAUAGGAAAGUUAGAUAGCCAACUGGCUUUCCAACUUUGUAAAUAUACUUUUUUCUUGUAGUUUCAUUUCUUAGAACUUUUAUCUUCUGUAUAGUGGUACACCAAACCAGUGCUUCUCAACCUUAGCACUUUUAUGAUGUAUGGACCUCAAAUCCCAAAAUCCCCCAGGCAGUAUGCUUGCUGGGGAAUUCUGUGAAUUGGUUAACAUAUUUAGAGCAGCUAAGAUUGAUAAUACAGUACUAAAAGAAUCUUACUGUACAGUGACUAUGUGGAGCAGGAAAUAUAAAAUUCUCCAGUCAUGCUACACAAAUAAUUAAUUUGCCUGGCACUGUCUUUGACUCAUAUUUUGCCCUUAACUGUUACCCUUCUCCAAAGAGUUUUUUUUUUAAUGCCAUUAGAGCUAUAGUAUUUUUUUUAAACAGCUGCUAAAUAUAUAGCUACUACUAGCUUUCUUCAAGUUCUUGUUGCAGGGAAUUAGGACAAUAUGAGCUAGAUUGAAAAAGGAAUUAAAGAUUAACUGAAGCCGCAAAUCUAUAUGUUCUGCCUGUUUUAAUUGGAUGUGGAAUGCACAAAUUUAAUUGAUAGAAGUAAUUAAAAGGAAUUCAAUAUCAUUCCAGAUUCUUCUGGGAGCCUAAAUUUUUUAAAUCACUUUAGUGUUACUAAAUCAGCAGUCCUAGUUUAAAAGCUAUUAUUUAGCUUCUGUCACUGCUUUACCCUUGUACUGUUACUUGAUCCUGCAGGCUUUUCAUCCAGUUUUAAUGGAGUCACACUACGCUAGAACUGGUGUAGCCAUGAAGGCUUUUCUGAGUAAUGUGAUUAAUGGGGUCUCUGUGAGCACCAAGUACCCCUCAUUUCAAUCCUGAGCUACAAAUAUUCUCCUUUAUUGGUAAUGUGGUUAGAAUCUGAUUCUCAUAUCUUUAUGGUCACAUGAAGCUCAAAGAGAUUUGGAUGCUUGAGAAUCUCCAUAGAGAUUUAUGACAAUUUACAUUUAUGAUUGAUACUUGCAAUAAAAAAAAAUCUCAACAAUUUGCUAAUAUAUAAUUUUAAUUAGUUUUGUUAUAAAAAUUUACAACAAACCUGGAAGCAAUGGCAUUUCUAGCACCAUAGCUACUUCUUUUCCCAAAAUAACACUUUUCUUCCUGAUUGGGAGCUGAUAUAUUAUAAUAAUGGAACUGUUUUUGUUGGUGCUUUGCAUUAAUGUAAAAUUUACUCUGAAGCAACACAUUAUGCUUCUACAGGAUGUAGGAAGAGGGGAAUAAAGAGUUUUGUUGCUCUUGGCAUAUUGGAGGUAGCCCACCAGGGACAUAUCUAAUAAUUAUCUUUCAAAUACGGUAGCCAGGAACGAAAUCAGUUGAAAAUGUAUCUGUCUUUUCUUUGCAAAAUACAGUGUGUAGUUUUAUAUUUUGCUAAAAUGUUCAAAAUAAUAUGUUACAUAAAUAAUAUAAUGUUACAUAAAAAUUAAAAUUUCAAAGUACCCAAAAUGUAACAUAAGUUUCCUGUUGUAAAUAUCUUUUUCUACAAUAUUAACUGUAAAGUACUCAUUAUCAAACCUAUUUGUAUAUUUUUAUUGACUGAAUGUAUCUAUUGGUCAGCUUUCCUGUGCCCAGCAAGACUAGCAUUCACUAAAAUUGUCUUUUUUUUUAAGUUAAGUUUUAACUUACCAUGCACUCAAUAAGCUUCAUAAAAUAUAAAUUUUAACAGAUUUUUUUUAUAAUUCUUGGUCAAUGAUUGCCUUGUUUAGUGACAGUUUGAAGUUACAAUCACACUGAAAGGUUACUUUAUGACUGGUUCUCAAACUAUGACCACCACAAUAUCCUAAUGAUCACUUGAUCCCCAUUUGUGCACUUCACAGCUGGCUUCCAACAAGCAAAGUUAAUGAAGAAGCCAGCUGUAAAAUUGCAAGCCACAGUAAUGUCAUGACUCACUUAAUGACCAUGUCAUUUAGUGAUGAAGAUGCCAGUCCCAAUUGUGGUUGUUAAAUAAGGACUAUCUGUUCUUCCCUAGCGAUAUGAAGUGGAGUACUGUAUUUCUUUUAUUUGAUUGUUUUAAGGUGACCACUUAGUGUAACACUUAUCUCUGAAGAAUUGCCAGAGCCAUUUAUAAUUUAAUAUAAAAGCAUAAUAACCUGAAAUGCCAUUAAAAUUAUCUUCUUCUAAAAUCAGCAAUUGGGCUAACCUGAAAUCUGUGGAGUUGUUUUGUAGAGUGACAGCACUUUAUGUAUGCCUUUCAGUCUCAGUGUAGCUAUAGUUCCAAAUCCAAAAAACCAAAAUUGAGAGUAGAUAAGGAAAUCAGUGGUAUCCCAAGAAAGCAGGAAAGGGUUGUAUUGUCAUAAGUUUAUCACAUCUGGGCUGCAAAAAUCAACAAGCUAUAAAGGUUACAGAAGCAAUCAAACCCCCAAAAUACAAGUCUAUUUGUAUGUAAGGGAGAAUACCAUCUACAUUAAUAAAUCAAUAAUCUUUCAACCUAAGAUUGCUCUGUCCAAUAGCCAAUGGUUUCUGUUUUCCUACUAAAGUUACAUACAGUCUUCUCUUAGGCUUCAAGAGGAUCUAGUUUUUUAAAUAUAAACUAUAAUUUAUAUAAGUAUAAGGCUGCUGAGAGAGGGAUGAAGAGAAAGAAAUUGUGAACUUUUAAAAAGUACUGUACUUGUUAUUUUAAGAGUGAACUGAUUUAUUAUAGUCAUUAUGUUCAGAAAAGUACUCUAAUAGUGUACAAUACUUCACAAAUAAUGAUGGCUGGUCCUUGACUCACCUUUCCUACAUAGAAGUUACUGAUUUAAUUCUCUUAAUAGAACAUUUCAUCACUCUGUAUUUAAAAUUCAAGUAAUGCCACUUUGGAAUUAUUCUAGAUCAAUCUCAUUACCUCAACUUUUUGCAAGUAAGUUUUGGAAAAUUCAUAGUGUACUUAAUAAUGUUGCACUUCAGAGCUUGUCAAACUUUUCAGAUUGUGGAAACUUAGUUAAAAGAAAAACUCCUGGAAUCCUAGACCAAGAGGAAAUGCACUAAUGACAGAAUUAUUUAUUUAGUGUAUGAUGAAAAUGUUAAAAAUCACGUCACAAUUACAUUCUCAGUGAGCAAAUGUGAAACUGUUUACUCUAUUUACAAAUUUACUUAUUUAUUUAUAUAGUCAAUGCAUGAUGAAGUUGUAUAAAGUCUCUGGGGUUUUCCUGAUGCUUGGUGCGCAACAGUUUGUUUGUUUUCCUGCAGAUGUUCCAUUACCCAAAUUAGGUAACAGCACUAAUGAUAUUACCUAGUUUUGGUGAUGAAACAUCUGCAAGAAAACAACCAAGUUCAGAGAGCAUCAAGGACCCCUCAUUUGAGCUACAAAUUCUCUCCUGUAUUGGUUUCCCUGGGGGCACUGUUCCACAGUAUGUUUACUUGGAGACCCACAGCCCCAUUCUGAAGCAGAGAGCUUUCCCCGUUUAUGGAAGAGUAUAGUGGUGCACCUGCCAUGAUGAGUCCUAAUCCUAGUGAGCAUUGACUAGGUUUUAUGGGAUAGAUUGAAUCCUUUUGGUUCAGCUGUAAAGCAGGGAACAUUGCGACCCUAUGGAGGAACAGUAGAGGACCAUUCUUGUGUCCAAGCCGAAGCAGAUAAUGAUAUUCUAAUGAUAGAAAUUGGCAGUAAAGCAAAAAGUAAACUGAUUAUUGUAAAUGCAAAAUUAACAUUUUGAAUGUGCAAAAAAUAAAAAGUUUAAUUUCACAAUUAACUUGGGAGAUUAAUGUUUUAACCAAACAGAUCAAUAUUCAAUUAUUAGGUCUGAUUGCAUUCCUUGGAAAAAAAGUUCAAUAUUUGGAACAAUUGAUGCUACUCGUAAGCAGAGAUCAUCUUUUAUACUUAGUCUAUUUCUCUGCUGGCUUGUUCUCUUUCAAAGGUAUGUUAUUGCAAAUGGCAUAAGGUAUUUCAAACUUGACAGGCAAUAUUUUUUUAGAAGCUCUAGGCCAGAAAAUCUGCACAAGGGAAUGUGGUUUAUAAUGUGAAAUUAGUUAAACUGGACCUACGUUGUUUCUUCUUUAAUGGUAGUUCAGAUGCAGUAUAGUGAACAUAAUGAUUCUGGACCUGGUUAAUUUUUUUCUUUUAAAGGAGAAAAUAUACUCUUCCUGUGGCACAUAAAUCAGAUAGGUGUUAUAUCACCAAGGUUUUGACAUUUUCCCUGAGGGAUGUUUUGUUUGGAAGAUUUGGAAAGCACAUACAAUUAUUUUAGAAAUUCACUUCAAUGUGUAAACUGAAUUGCAUUCAUUCGCCUUUGUUAUUUGAAUCUAGUUAUAUGUGUACCUUGCAGUGAAACUCUAGUAUCAUUCCAAUAAGUAAAUAUAUCAGCCAAGUAUACAAUCUUUUGCAUCCAACAAUUGCCACUCAAUUUCUGCGCUAGUUCAAAAGGAUGUUCCUAUAAAAAAGAAAUAUAUCUUCUUACCACUUAAAUUAAAUCUUCAUUU